AUGAUUAAGCCGAGGUCGCUUAGAUAUCAGACCUACAGUUACCACCCUGCCCCUCCACCACCACCUCCACCCCCGCCUCCGCAUGUACCGCCCUAUGACAAGUACUACCCACGGGGAGCAACCUACCACCUGUACCCCCCGUACUCAGGGGGUCAGUAUGCUGCCCCGGGUGCAGAAUACUCAUACCCACCUCCUCCUCCGGGUGGUGUGCACUAUUCACAGGAGAGCUACACCUCCUAUACCUUGUGCGUGCCCAACCCACCACCCCAGGGUCCCCCCCAGGCACUAGCUUUGCCUCCCCCGCCACCACCCACAUCAAAUGCCCCUCACCCUCCUGCAUAUGCCACAUAUCACUACACGGAACUCACACCGGUCUUCACGACCUUCAUCCACAGAGUAACAAUAUGCUUUCCAGUGGAUCCAAAAACGGCAUACGGGCCCCUACUGGAAAAAAAAAGUGUAGAGGGCCAGAGAAGCUCCGGAAGCAAUGUUGAAGAGUGUAGUAGUAUGAACCAAGUGGCAGUACUGGGCACCAGUACAAUACGACCAGCACAACACCAGAACCAUCCACAUCUACAGCGUCUCCCAGGAUUGGUUCCUGCAGCCAGUUGCCUGCCCCAGUGUCUCCCCGCUGGCCCCUCUAUCAGCCUCAAACCUGCCGCCACCACCACAUUGGGCAAGGGCACUAUAAACUGUAAACUGUUUCCCAUCAAUCCUUGGGACUCCAGUAGUCCCCAGUCUGUAGGGUCUCCACAUCACAGUCUGGGCGGUGCUUCUGCACAAGCAGUUUCUGGGAGCACAAACACUCUUCUGUAG